UUUUACUUUUGGUCGCUAGGGGGCAGCAACGCGCGGAGAGACUUCACUCCACACCACAGAAGAAGCGCUGUGUCCUUCACAACAAGCAAACAUGGCCACUGCGACUAAAAUCAUCCAGAGGCUGCGGAACCUCUUGGCCGGGCGGGAACUGCAAACCAAACUGCAGCUGCGAUAUGGGGAGGUCGCCAAGAGGACGCAGCCACCGCCCAAAAUGCCCUUAGGCCCGAGCCACAAGUUCGCCGGCAACUACUAUUUCACCAGAGACGGACGCAGAGAGUCGGUCCCCGCCACAGUCGUCAUGUCUUCACAGAAGGCUCUCACUGCCGGCGGCCAAGUUGCUGAAGCCCCGAAGCUUCCAGUUACCCCGGGUUCUGUAUACAAAGAGCCGACGCUGUCCACAGACCUCUGAGACGCAGGACAAAUCGCUCCAGCAUCAACCGCUUCAUUUGUCCAUCCAGUGCUGCUGUAGAGGCCUGUACUACAGCGAAGUGUAGGUCGCAUCCUGUACAAAUAGAACGUGUGAAUAAAAUAUGUUUAUGUUU